AAAAGUUAUUGUUAAUCCAGACGCACAACAACAAAGUAGAGAGAGAAACUAGAGAGAGAAAGAGAGCGAUCAGAGAAACCAAAACUCCGAUUCAAAUCCACCGGCAACACAACCGUCCGGCGAAACACAAAUGCACCGGAUCUCAAUUUCACUACAGAUGCAAUAAGGUUAGGGUUUUCAAUCUCUGGUCGAUUCUACACUUGAAUUCGAGCUUAUUCGCUCUUGUUUGCUCGAAUUGUGUAUGAAAGUAACGAUUUUUCUGUUCGGAAGUGUGAAAAGUUUGGAUUUUUAGGUUAAUUUGGUGCAAUUGAAGUUGUAAUUGUGGUUUAUUGAAGGUGAAUGUGUGUAUUUGUGAGUGUGUUUGUUGAAAUUUUGGAAAUUUAGGGGUUUGGUGAUGUGGAUGUGUGGUUAGGGUUAGGGUUUGUGUGUUGGUUGAGUGAAGUUUCAAAUUUGAAUAAUUUGGGGAGUGUGUUUUGGAGGGAGAGUUGGUUAUGAAUUGUGAUUGGUGAGAUUUGGUUGUUUUGUUGGUUUUGAAACCCUAAUUAUGUGUUUUGGGUGUUUAUGGUGUGGGAUGUUGUUGGAUGGGUUGAAUUUGUUCUGGAAGAUGAGGUUUUGUAGAUGGAGUGGAAGUUUGAAACCCUAGUUUAGGUUGUUAGAUUUGGGGAUUUUUCGGUUUUUAACUGAUAAAGUUUUUGAUUGGUUUAUGGGACUUUUGUGUUGAGAAAUGCAACCGCCACCUCAGCGUUCGUGGAUCAAUCUGGCGGAGUUGAAGAGUCAGAUAAUUCGAAAGAUCGGACCCGAUAGGUCGAAACAGUACUUUGAUUACUUGAAUAAGUUUCUGAGUUUGAAGUUAAGCAAGGUUGAGUUUGAUAAGCUGUGUUUACGAACCAUUGGUAAAGAUGGUAUUCUGCUGCAUAAUCAGUUAAUUCGUUCGAUUUUGAGUAAUGCGUGUAGUACAGUGAAAGCCCCGGUUGAAAACAAGAAAGUUAUAGAUGGAGGGUACCAUCAAAACGGGCCGGAUUCGAUUGUAACCAAUGCUUCAAGUCAACCCGUUUUGCCAAACGGAGACAUUUUGUUAACAUCCCCACGAAAGGCGAGAACCGGGGCCCGUGAACGAAGAGUUGGGGAUCGUAAAAGUGUUCUCGGGCCAAACGGGAAGACGGUUUAUUCUUCUCCUUCAUCAUCGAUCCCACAUUCGGAUGAUUUUAAUACUAAUUUGGAUAAUGGGAAUUCAUUGUCCCCUGAUACUCGAAGACCCAUGCAGCAUCAUCAAGAACUCACGCAACAAGCCCAAAAUGCCGACAAUCGGGCCAAAUCAUUACAUGCUCCACUCGGGAUUCCUUAUUACCCAGUGAGCAUAGGCGGGGCCCGCAAAGCCCCGCCUGUUAAAUCCGUUAGUGUAUCGGAUAUCAACAGUUUGUUAGAUACAGUAACAUUGCGGGCACGCAUGGAGCCAAUAUCCGUAGCACAAGGCCUUCAAGGCGUGUCACCCGACAGUGCGAACGUACUCAACAAUGGAUUAGACGUGUAUUUGAAAGGUUUAAUAAGAUCUUGUUCGGAACUUAACAGGCCACGUAAGAGCAAUCCGGCUCAUAACAGGCCCGUAAACGGUGUCAUACCGGGUCAUCAGUAUCAAACGCAAGAACACGAACGCAAACACCGGACAUCGUUGCUAGAUUUUAGGGUUGCGAUGGAAUUAAACCCUCAGCAACUUGGAGAAGAUUGGCCUGUACUUCUCGAGAAGAUACGUACACCUGCUUUUGAGGAAUAAUAUAUGUUUUUAGAUCUAGCAAUGCUGUAUUAUAAACGCGCAUGUGGUGUUUAACGGGCGGAAGAGCACGCAUUUCAAAAAUAUGGGAAGUAACACCGCAUUUAUCAGCAACCAGCCAACAGUGUUAUUCAAAAGACAGAAAUGAAGGCGCGUUACGCGUAUUUGGUUGCUUUGUUGUACGAUUAGCAUGUUGUUUUCUGCUUUUUACUGUAAUUUAGUGAAAUCAGGUAAUUUAGAACAGUUUUGCAGGAAUAAUAAUUUAUCGCUCUCAGUAUUUCAGUAAAGUUGAAACUGCAUUAUUCGAGUUUCUUGUGUAUGUAUUUUCAACAGUUAGCAUUGAUUGAAAUAUCAUCAUUCAAACA